GAUAGCUAUUGCGCAUGUGCAAUCUUAGGCUCUUAGCGGAAGUCAAUUCUACAGACCCUAUCACUACAGUGUACUGCUGCAUGCUUCUCACCUGUAAUUUUGUAACUGAUUACUUUUACUCUCUGAUUCCAGUGUAAAAUUGACCGCCAUGGCUGAAGGUAAAGGAUGCUCUGCCAGGGUUGUACAAAUAGGGUUUGUCCUCAUAAACAUCUUCUUUGUGCUUCUUGGUGUUGGGCUGAUAACUGGUGGCAGCUACCUUGUGGCCACUAAUAACGUUCUACAAGUGUUUGGAGGCCCUCUGAAUGCAAUAGGAUUGUCUGCAAUCAUCAUCAUAGUGGGCAUUGUUGUGUUCUUCGUUGCUGCAAUUGGUAUCUUAGGAGGCUGUUUCCAACACAAGCUACUUCUGGGAAUUUAUCUCGUGGUGCUGGUCCUUGUCAUUGUUACAGAGCUGGGCCUUGCCAUUGGUGCCAUUGUCAAGAGAGGCUCACUGGGAGCUGCUGUUGAUGAAAACAUUGCAAAGAUAUUGGACAACUAUUCCACUGACAAUACCGACCGCAAUGCCAUUAACUUUGUUCAGAGGAUUUUUGAAUGCUGUGGCUGGAACAAUGCCAGUGACUAUGUUGUUAGAGAUAUUCCCAUUCCUAUAAGCUGUGAUUGUACCGACAGCAAUACCAUUGAUACCUGUGAACCCUUCGGCACUAAUCAUACCAUCUGGAGCAGUGGAUGCAAAAGUGGUGUAAGCAGUGCCUUUCGCACCUACCUAGCAGUCAUCAUUGCUCUGGCUAUAAUGGUCGCUCUAAUUGAAUUAAUAGCUGUGCUGCUAGCUAUAGGCUUGUGCUGCUCAGGCAAGAAAGACAGCUACGAGACCGUCUAAAUACACCCACCCACAUCUUAUGACUUAAACUCAGAAUAUUUAUCAGUGACUGUCUUCCAGCACAGUAGCAUGCAAACCCAUUAUAUUAUGUUUUAAUAUAUUUUUAAUUGGUCAAUAAAAACAUGACAUGUUUAGUGAACACUC